CAUGAGUGAGUGUCCUCAGAGAUGAGGAUUUUGUGAGCUCUUCAGGUUGGAGCUAGGCUUUGGUGCUGAGAGGUGUGACGGAGUCAGAGUUCGUUUACCAUGUGUGAGGAGAUGAAGGCCACUGUGCAGAACUGUGUGCAGAGCCCACGGCACAGCAAAGAGGCCCUGAAUAGACUUAACCAAGCCAUUCAGCAGCUGAAGACGGGGCCCCGAGAACUAGAGAAAGCCAAAGAUGUGGAGGCCCAGCAGGAUGUGGCCUCAAGCAGUGCUAAAGGUAAACUGGCCUGGCUGGAGGCCGCCCUGCAGAAGGCCAAGCAGGAAAUGGCCCGGCAGCUGCGUGAGUACCAGGAGCUCAUGAUCGUCAAGCUGGGCCUGGACUUUGAGAUCGCCACCUACCGCAGGUUGCUGGAGGGCGAGGAGCAGAGGCUUUGUCUGGGACUUGGGGCAGGGAGUGCGGCUCCAGGCAGCGAUGUCCCUGGAGGUCCUGGAGUCUGUUCCCGUGGCCCGGACAUGAGCGCCCCCAGCGGUGUUUGCGCGCUCUGCAGCUCCGCAGGCUGUGCCGGGGGCUUUGGCUGCCUUGGCUUGCGCGAAUGUUGA